AUGUUCGGGAUUAGGACUCCACAUAAGAAAGGAAAGGCAGGAGAGAAAGACAAAACUCCCCCAAAUAGGGAGGAGAUGGCUGGACCAUCUUCAAAAGAAGAUCAAGUAAGGAGUAAAGUGAGGAGAAGUAUCGGAGAGUGGGAAAAUGAAGGAAGGGAGUCAAAUCCCGAACCACAGGGCAGGACAUCUAAAUACGCCCCGGCAGUACGCACGAAGCAGCUAGGGCCACCCCCCUCUAGUAGAUUUUCACUGGAGGAAGAGGGGAGCCAAAUGGAAAAGGAAGAGCCGAAGAAAAAAGACAGGCUAAGAUGGCCCCCAAGAGAUCCGCAAUCCUGGCCGGCAACGGAGCGAGUCACGUUGCUCAAGAUACCUCCAAAACACGACCAGCCCAAAAUUUUUCCGUUUUCCGGCAAGGCAACAAUAAGUGACUUGGAGACCUUGCAGAUUAAAACGGGACGACGCCUAAACACAGAUGCGAGGAAGAACUGUGGUAAA